AUGCUCACAAAGAAACGACCCCAUCUUGACAGUGACACUUCUCGGGCUUGGCCAUUGGUAAAUCUGCUGAAAGGGCAAAGAAGCUUGGCUAACAAAUAUAUAAAAACAUUCAAUGUAGAAAAACUGUCCAAUGCUCGUCCAAUAAGUGCUAAUUAUAACAAUCAUGAAGAGAGAGUAUUUAGACAGAUAAACAGGCAGACAGACAGACGGACAAGUCCUACCCCAUCAAUACGUCAUACCAAACGGCUCGCAUAUUGCACAUGGUCGUCUUCAACACAACAGCAUCUAAUCGAUCGUUCAUAUUAA